CGUUGAACGAUACAACCGCAGGCGAGGACACGCAGUGCGGCACCGAGGAGGUUGCCACCGCCAGCCAGGGAGGCGACCAACUCCAGAGGAUGACGAUGGACGGCAUGGAAGUGGUGGGCUCGCAGCCCCACGCGGCCACCAGUCCGUUUUUGCUCUCACCGCCACCCCUCGGGCAUCACCAUCAUCAUCAUUCUCACACCACCUUCAAUCUACAGACGGUGCAGCUCAGUUUCGACGCAUGUCUGCCGUACAACUCGGCGACAUCCUCGAAUUCGAUCGUCUGCGGCGUUGGCGGCACGUCAACGCCAGCCGCUACAACUUGCACCUCAUCCCCGAGUUGCAACAAAACUAUACCGACUUUGUCGCUGACGACUUGCCGGCUGGACGAUCAUCAACAUCAUCGACACGAUGUUUCCUCCCCAUCCAACGACUCCAACGAUGGCAAGCGGCGUUUGCACGAGGACAAGGACUGCUCCAGGGAAUGUAGAGACGACCUCCAGGAGCCUAACGAGAAGGAUAAACCAGGUGACCUAAACACGCCGGUUACCACCAGCAGCGAUUUACCGUCCUUCUUCGGCCCCUCCGCGCUCGUCGAGCCACCUCCUAUUUCAGGCAGCCUGGCGGGCGAAGAUCUGUCUCUCGAAGAGGCAACAGCGGAGGACGAUGAGACAGCAACCUCGACCAGCAGGGAUCAUCGGCACCACCAUCACCAAGAAUCUCAGGAUCAGGGCACGCCCGGCGCUCCACCCUCCACUAGUCCACCGCGUCACCAUCAGGCUCAAGAGGACGCGGACCGUUGCAACGUGUUGCAGGGCGGAGUGAUCCUCUAUUCUCCUCAUUCCACGUCUUCGGUGUCCUCAACGCCAGCGUCCGGCGUCAAUAUCUGCAACGUGCCAACGUUGACUUACCGUGGCGUCUUCACCACCACCUGCACGCAAUCCUCGCCGCUGAACAGCCUUCAGAAUCAGCAGCAGCCACCUCAACAGCAACAGCAGCAGCAACAACCGACUAGUCAGGAGCUCUGGGGUCCGUUGACCUCCCCGACCUUGACUUUGGCAAAUUCACCCUUCCUCCACUCGACACUCCACCCAGCCCCGUACGGGGAAACCGUCGAGCUUCUGCCGGUCGAAUCGAAGCCACCCCCGCCACCAGGUUAUCAUGACACGCCAACCACCACUCCGGCUGGCUGGUUAACGACGCACGAAGACCCGUACGAUCCGAAUCUCCUGUCCCACCAUCAUCCUCAUCAUCACCACCAGGAGACGACGCUGAAGCAAGAGCCAACCGGGACGAGUGGCUAUGGGCCGGUCAUUCAACAGCAACAGCAACAGCAACAACAACCUCAGCCUAGUCAACAGCAACAGCAACAACCACCACCGUCGGCUGGCACGACAGGCGUUCAGCUGGCCGAGUACAAUCCCAGCACGUCGAAGGGACACGAGAUUCUCUCGCAGGUCUGCCAUCAGAGUCCGGUGCCGCUCAGGUUGGUCCCGGUGAAGCCACGAAAGUAUCCGAAUCGACCGAGCAAAACCCCUGUCCACGAACGGCCGUACGCCUGCCCUGUGGACGGCUGCGACCGCAGGUUCUCCCGCAGCGACGAGCUCACCCGGCACAUUCGCAUCCACACCGGCCAGAAACCGUUCCAGUGUCGCAUUUGCAUGCGCUCCUUCUCCAGGAGCGACCAUCUCACCACUCACGUGAGGACGCACACCGGCGAGAAACCGUUCUGUUGUGAUCAAUGCGGACGUAAGUUCGCGAGGAGCGACGAGAAGAAACGGCACGCGAAGGUUCACCUGAAACAGAGGCUGAAGCGCGAGGCCAGCCACGCCUCCGCCAGGAAUCACCCUCAAAGCCACGCUUCUCCACCCUGCAAUCAA